CGACGCAGCAUUUCUUGUUUAUCUUGUAAGCUUAUUCCAAAUCAAACAACAUACAUUGAAAUCACAAGAAAAACUUAAUUUUUGUCCUCAUUGCUCUUCUUUCUGAUAAUAAUAAAGCCACUCAAUGCCACCAACCCUAGAAAGAGCCAACCUCACAUUUCUCUUCCUUUUUUCACUCUAAAGGGAAAAAACAUGAAUUUUUGCUUUAGGAAGAAAGUUUCCAUGGGUACAAAAAUAACCGAACGUAAAAAAAGGGUCCCUAAAAAUACUAUAAGGCCUAGGGUACUGAUGUUUCCGUGGUUGGCUUAUGGACACAUCUCUCUGUUUCUCAACUUAGCCAAGAAUCUCGCGGACAGGGGAUUCUUGAUUCGUGUUUGCUCUACACUUAUAAGUCGAGAAACUAUCGAGAAAGAAAUCCCCAAAAAAUACUCUGCUUCAAUUAAGAUUGUUGAGCUUCGUUUACCAAAAUUGCCUGAACUUCCUCAUUGCCAGACAAUCACUGAUAUCCCACCCGAUAUCGAUAGCAUCAUGAAAAAGGCCCUGAAAUUGUCCAAACCCAACUUUUCGAAAAUCUUGGAAAAUCUGAAACCUGAUUUGGUGAUUUAUGAUUUAUUACUGCAAUGGGCUGAAGGCGUAGCCAACGAGCACAAAAUUCCAGCAAUCAAGUUCAUAACUAUUGGUGCAGCUGUUUUUUCGUACUUUUUUAAUUCGAUAAGAGAGCCUGAGGUUGAAUUCCCUUUCCCAGCUAUUUAUCCUAGUAAAAAUGAGCUAGUAAAAUUUGGUGAAAUUAUUGCAAAAACUGCUAAUGAGAGAGAACCUGAUGAAGUGGAUCCUUUUGCUGAAGGAAACAUGCAAAUCAUGUUGAUGAGUACCUCUAGAACUAUAGAGGCCAAAUACAUAGAUUAUUUAACUAAAUUGAGCAAUUGGAAAGUUGUUCCAGUUGGUCUACCAGUCAAAGAUCUCAUAACUGACGGCGCGGAUGACAUGGAGCUCAUUGAUUGGCUAGGAAAAAAAGAUGAAAUUUCAACUAUUUUUGUCUCUUUUGGGAGUGAGUAUUUUUUGUCAAAGGAAGAUAUGGAAGAAAUAGCUUAUGGAUUGGAGCUUAGUAAUGUUAAUUUUAUAUGGUUUGCAAGAUUUCCAAAGUGGGAAGAACAAAAUCUUGAAGAUGCUUUGUCAAAAGGUUUUCUUGAAAGAAUUGGAAAAAGGGGAAGAGUUCUGGACAAAUUUGUACCACAACGAAGAAUUCUAAAUCAUCCAAGUAUUGGUGGAUUUAUAAGUCCUUGUGGUUCGAGUAAUGUGAUUGAAUGUUUGGAUUUUGGUGUUCCAAUUAUAGCCGUGCCUAUAGAGCUUGAUCAACCAAUGAAUGCUAGGUUGAUGGUAGAAUUGGGAGUUACCGUGGAGAUUAUUAGAGAUAAUGAUGGGAAAAUUCACAAGGAAGAAAUUGCACAAGUUAUUAAAGGGGUCAUAAAUGGGGAAAAUGGUGAACAUUUGAGAGCCAAAGUGAGAGAUGUCAGCAAGAAUCUGAAAUCUGAAAGUGGAGAAGAGAUAGAUGCAGUUGCUGAAGACCUAAUUCAACUUGUAAAAAAAGUAGGAGCAAUAAGUACCAAGUAGGAAAA